AUGUCCGAUACCUGCAUUGUGUGCUUAGGAGACCUUGGCGAAGGCGCCAGCGAUCCCACUCUCGCCGUCGAUUCGUUGCCAAGACCCUUGAGCGGUGACGGUGUCUGUGAAGAUGUCACUGCUCCCCAGAGUCUCGACGAAUUCUCUCGGUAUAUUGCUCACUUGAUUCCCUGUGGUCAUAACCUUCAUAAUGAAUGUUUGAAGCCCUGGGUAGAACGAGCGAACAGUUGUCCCAUUUGCAGGCAAAAAUUCAACGUUGUAGAGCUUGCUGAGAACCUUGGAGGCCAAAUUAUCUCGUCUUAUGCUGUCGAAGAUCGAGUCCAAGUGGCAGAGAUUGAUCCCACGUUGAUUAUCGAGGACCUUAUCGACGAUUCAGACACUCAACCCUGUCCCAUUUGCGGGGACGACGACAAUGAGGAAUGGUUGUUGCUAUGUGAUGGGUGUGACACAGCGUCUCAUACAUAUUGCGUCGGUUUGGACUCGGUUCCUUCCGGCCCAUGGUUUUGUUGCCACUGUCAAGCCCAUAGGUCACUUCAGCCCGAUCGCUCAAGGUCUCAAAAUCGGUCUUCGCGUCGUACAAGGGCAGACGUAAGACGGGCUCGCACUCGUAACCAGAUCCAAGCUCUCCAUUGGGCGCAGGUUUGGCAGUCAGUCUGGGACCAUCUCAAUUUAGAUUUGGACUUCCCAUACGACGACGAACAAGCCGUAGACCGAAUCAUUCAGCAGCGGCGGCGUGAAGCCGCCAACAGAAGGGAGUUUAGAAGUUGGGAAAGACGGUUCAGGCAAACGGAACGGAACUUUGGGUCCGCUCGAUUUAGGAAUAAUGCCUCGGAUUUGCUCGAAGUUGGUCGAGGCUGGCCAUCCAGGCCACGACAAAGGGUUGAAACUCCCGAACCCGAGUCUAUCGAUGAAAUUAGAGCUUGGAACGCAUUUGAGAGAGCGCGAGAAAUUCAGGAGGCGCCAACCACCAAUCGAAGAAAGAGGAAAUCCCCAACCGCCUCCCCCAUCGAACCCGAACAAUCUCAACCCGAGCGUAGAUUGAAACGACCACGAACGCGGAGGCCAGAAGAAUUAGCUGACCUUCUAGAACGGGGAGAGCCUUCUCGAACCGGGAGGCCUUCCGCCAUCGCCGGCAGUCCGUUAGCGGAAUCCGGGCCGACAUUUUUGCAAUCACUUUUGAAAGAAGUGGAAGACUCGUCUAGUUCCCAUCCCAUACACGGCGCAUUCCCUCCGUCUAAUCUUACAUCGAGAGCAGUUGACUCGAUUUCUCCUGGGCCGUCAUCUCCAGCAUUGUCGCCCAUUUCUUCGAACCGUUCGUCUCCUCAUCCUUCAUCUCACACAAGCCCACAAGCCACAAAUGGCCCGGCAACUCCCAUGUCCUCGGCAUCAGACCCAGGUUUUUCGUCACCCGAGUUUUCGCCUUCAUGCUCUCCCACCCGUGAUACACUUUUAGUCGACAGAACUCGGUUUUCUCGACAGCUAAGACGACAAUUACACUCAGGCGAUCCCCACAGCGACCCUUCGUCUCCAUACCGUUUACGGUCGCAAGAUUCUUCUCCGUCACGCCCUGAACUCCCACUUGAUGUGAAAUCUGAUUUACAGAAGAUUGUCAGAGCGGCUCUGAAACCUCAUUACCGCAAGCAUCUUGUCUCGAAGGACGAGUAUACUGAGAUCAAUAAGCGCAUUUCUCGCAUGUUGUACGACUUGGCAGUAUCCAAAGAGUCCGGCGACCCGAUGGACACGGAAAGCAAGGCGAGAUGGGCUCACAUUGCGAACAACGAAGUAGUGAAAGCCGUGCAAGCAAUUCAAAAAACCGGGCCGAACGAAGGAAGCGAGAGCAGUGCAGCAUCGUCAUGA